UUGUGGUGUGCUGCACCGCCCGUCGUCGCAGAGGCCGCCUGGCGGAGUAGGCCGCCACGUUUGGCCUAGUCGCUCCGGCUAGCCAGCCGGCCGGGUGAUGGCGGACGCCGAGCGUGGCUACUUCCUGCGGACGGUGGAACGGCGCGGCGGCGGGCCCCAGCUCCGGAUCAGACAGCGCAGCGCCGGCGACGUGGGCUGCGUGGUGUGGGAUGCGGCGCUAGUGCUAUCCAAGUACCUGGAGACGAGCUCCUUCUACCGGGACAGCCUGCAUGUCUUUAGCGGGAAGAACGUGGUGGAACUGGGCUCUGGGACCGGAGUAGUGGGGCUGAUGGCCUCCGCCCUGGGGGCAAAUGUCAUAGUCACGGAUCUUGAAGAGUUGCAGGAUUUGCUCAAUAUAAACAUCAAGGAUAACAUGCACUUGGUCACUGGUUCUAUCCAAGCCAAGGUACUUAAAUGGGGUGAAACUGUGAAAGACCUUCCAUCUGAACCAGAUUACAUUCUUGUGGCAGAUUGUAUUUAUUAUGAACAGUCUUUAGAGCCACUGCUGAGGACUAUGAAAGACCUUUCAGGCAACAAGACCUGCAUCAUAUUAUGCUAUGAAGAGAGGACAAUGGGAAACAACCCUAAAAUAGAGAGCCGAUUUUUUGAGCAUCCCUUGUUUUAUAUCAGCUUUUGCAGACUGAUUUUGAAAUAGAAGAGAUUCCAUUGGACAGGCAAGAUGAGGAAUACAGAAGUGAAGACAUUCAUGUUUUGCACAUCAAACGAAAAAGACACCAUUAGGGAAUGUUUGCAUUGAAAUAAAAGUUAUCACUUUGUUUUUAUUCUUUGACGCAGGUGUAUCCAAAAUAAAAAGAUGGAAUCCUGGUGUAAUAAGGGAAAACUCUUCAGGUGUUAUUAUAUCAACUGCACAAGCAUACGUUAAAAACAGGUGUUUUUAUAACCCUUGAGAGUGGUAUUCAGCUCUGUGUAUAUUUCAUAUGCUUUUUUUUGUUUUAUCGAAUGUCAUUGCAUUGUUUGUAAUUUUUUUCCCCACUCAAACGUUAGUUCUUGGCAGGAAUCAAAGUUGCAUGGUUUUUGUUACAGAUUUUAUUUUUGUUUUGAGCGUUUAGUCAAUGUGUACAAUAGCUAUAUAUAAAAGGCACUACAGGAGGGGAAUCUGUGGUUAAUGCUUGUGGUUCGUGAACAGCUUGAGCUUUGUUGUCCUUUAUUGAGUCCAAAUGUGAAUGUUCUGGAAUGUUACAUUUGACUGGCUGACAGAUCACUUUGAUGACCAUAGUUCUGUUUUGAAGUUUUCUCCAUUGUUUUUUCACAAAUUGAAUUUUAAAAAAGAGAUAGUGGAAGCAGUAGCUGAUUGGAUUUAUUGUUUGAAAAUCACCAAACUAGCUGUACUAUCCAUACUGAUGUUAAUGACCGUAAUAUAUACAAAUGUGUGUUCGAAAUUUGAGCAUUUGAUUAAUUUCUAUAAUUUUGAAAUUGUUUAAUUUUCAUAAUUCGUAGCACUUUAACAUCAGCUGUAAUUCUUUGCUGCAGUCAUGAAUUUAUUUGCUGCAAGUACUUACACUAAUCAAACUUUUGUUCAUUUUGUAAUGCACUUUUACUCAAAAGAAUAAGUUCAGUAAUCAACAAAGCAAGAACAUCUGGUAUUUCUGGUACAUAUUAUUUUCUUCUGCGCAAUUCAUGUUCAAGCUGAUCAGAUCUUACGAAAGGAAGUUAAUUUUCUAUCGGUUGUGCUUGGGUUAAGUAUAACUAUUUUCCUGAGAGGACUGUAGAGGUUGAAGAGAAUUUUAAAUAUGUACAUUAAAUAUGUUUGACAUCUGUCCUUGAAUGAUACUGGCAACUUUAUAUCAGAUAGGGAUUCAAAAUGUUGGUGGUCAAAUGCUGGGUUCAUGUCCUUGUUUAUUGGUGUAGAGGGAGCUCUAACUACUUCCAAUUUAACAAUCCUCCAUAUUUUUAUAUUCUCACACAAUAUAGGAGGAGGCCCUUUGUCCCAAUGAAUCUUUGCUCUCUCAGAGCAUUCCCAUCUGUCCCAUUCCAUCACUUUUUCCUCUGUAACCUGUUCUCUCUCGCAUGCCCAUCAAUUCCCCCCAAUCCUCCUGCCAGCCACCAACACUACAGUUGCAAAUUAACGUACCAGUACAUCUGUGAGAUGUGGAGGAAACCCACGCAGUCACACUGCAAACUGUAUGUGGACAGUACCAGAGGUCGGGAUUGAACCCAGGUUCCUGGAGCUGAUUGGCAGUAGCUAGAAGUCUAGUUGCAUUGUAAAGUUUCCUCCAUGUGGUUUAAUGCCACCUUUAGCCUGGAUUUUUAAAUCCCUCCCCAUUGCAACAAUACUUUUUUUAUUCCAUGACCCAAAUCCAAGACCUGCAUCAGAAAUAUUGCCAAUUCAUGAAGGAAUAUGCCUUUUUUUUUGAGUAUGGAGGGAUACAGUUGUAGAGUCAAUGGUCAGAUGACCUUGUCGCUGAUUCAAAUCACUGUGGAUAGGUGAAAAUGAAGUAGUGGCCAAGUUUAUAUGUGAGGAAGUUUAGAUAAAAGAUGAAAUUGAUUAAGGAUAGGAUUUUGGAUCAAGUUACAACAGAGGCUGAAAAAUGUGUUAUUUGUAUUUUCAGAUGAAAUUAAUUUGAAGAUGCAAUUAGUUUAAAAUUAAUUUUUAAAACUGGGUGGUGAUAAAGCCAAAAACAAACAUGUUUUAUAAUUUGAAUUCUUAAUUGUUUGUUACUAGCAAAAGAUCAUUGUUAAAUUGAGCACAUUAAAGUAAUGAGAGUUUCAAAAUCCUGACUAUAUCUCCAGUGUGGUUUGCUGCAAUUUGCUUUGUCUUGUUAACACAUUUGGGUAGUGGUCUUGAGAUUACUGCACAAAACGUGAAUUUGCAUCUCCACAUCUAUGGUAAAUUUUCAACCUUCAGUGAUAUGUGUGGGCUGAGAUUAAGUAUUGUAUAUCGCAAUUCCUCAGCAGAUGAAGCAGUCCAUGAUUGCAUGCAGCAAGACCUAACCACUAAUCAGAUCAUGCUUGGGUGUUGUCAAGUAAUAUUUGUGCUUUACAGAUAUUUUAGACAAUGACCAUCUCCAACAAGAGCAUCUAACCACUUAUCCUUAAUACAUAAUGGCAGUACCAUCACUGAGUGCCCUACCAUCAACAAUAUAGGGAUUACCAUUGACCAGAAACUCAACCUGAACAGACACCUAAGUUGUAGCUACAAGAGCAGGUGAGAAGCUGGGUAUCCUGCAGUGAGUCAUUUGGCACUGCACAGUUUUUUUCUACCAUCUACCAUCUGCAAGGUACAAGUCUGAAGCGUGAGGAAAUAUUCUGCUUGCCCAGCUAAAUGCAACUGUGGCAAUAUUCAGGGAGCUCAACACUACUGAGGAUAAAACAGUCCCCUUGAUUGGCAUUCUAUCCAGCAUUCUAAAAUGUAUUCCCCCACCAUCACUAUACAAUAUGCACUGCUACCACUGCAACAGAUUCUCCCAAACCUACAACCUCUACCUCCAGAGAAGAUGAGGUCAGCAGGAGCACGAUGUCAUCAUCACCAGCUGAUUGCACACCAUCCUGACUUGAAAGCAUAGAACUGUUCCAAAGUCCUGGAACACUAACCAACAGCAUUAUGGAAGUACCUUCACCGGGAUUGCAACAGUUCAAGAACUUGGCUCACCACCGUCUUCAAAAGGCAACAAAUAUUGGCCUUGCCAGCAAUGCACACAUUCUCAAAACUAAAUUAAAAAGAUGAUCACUUGUUCCUUAUGAAGGUUUGGGUGGCAUUAUAUUGCCUAAAAGUACCAGCUGGUCAAGAUUUAAUAGAAAUGUGAUGAUGAAAAAUUCUUCUGGAGUCUGGAUAUCACCUUAGAACAUAGAAAACCUACAGCACAAUUCAGGCCCUUCGGCCCACAAAGCUGUGCUGAACCUUGGUUUGCUAGUAAUGAUAUCUCUGAGUAUCAGAUUCAUUGGACUUGAGCAAAUAUUGGACUGGUAUUUCAGUUUGGUAAGGAACUGCUGUACUGUCAAAGAUGUCCUGUUCAAGAUCAUACGUUACAGUGAGAUGACUUUGGUCAAGUAAAUAAUACCAUGAAACUAUUCAAAGGGGAUAGUGGAGUUUUUCCACAAUCCAAGCAAACAUUUAUCCUGCAAUCAAAAGAUUCCCAGAUGAUUUAAAUUAAUGUAUACUGUUGUUCAUUGGACUUUAUGAGCACACUGGCAUGAUGUGUUUGCUUUUCUUGUAAAAAAGUGACUUUAGAAGUACCUGAUUGGCUGAAGAUUCUGAGGAUG